AUGCCCACCAAUCGAAAGUCGAUUAGACUAAGGCGGUUUUCCUCGUCGAGUGGCGAGGAGUCGGGACCUUCUCGGCGCAAAAUCCUGCACAUACAGUCACCAAAAAAGAAGAAACGUUUGAAAACGCUUCUGGAUUCGGAUUCAGACGAUGAAAAUAAUGGAAAUACUGGCAUGAGUCAGAUGGGGUCAAGAAGUUCAGAAAGAAUAAGCAAAAGAAAUUCACGAUCAUUCCAAAUGCCGUCACGUGAGAGUGUGUGGAGUCACAUACCUACAACUCCUCAAUCCUCCAAUAAGGCAAUAGGUCGUUUGAAACCUAGAAAAGUUUUCGACAGAUUGAAUAGAGUAACCCAUCGUUACAAUCAAGAUGUUUAUGAUUCAGAAGAUGAGGAGUCUGGUCUGGAUGAUUUCUUAGUUUCUGAUGAAGAAGAAAUUACAUCUAGUGAGGUGGAGGGUGUGGAGAGUGUUGGAUCAAUUGACAGAAAAAGAAACCAGCAAAAAAAACAAAGAGCACAUAAAUAUACUACAAGACACCACCGGAUCAAAGGCUAUCACAGCAAAUUACUUGGUCCAGCUAGCUCAAGCAGUGAAUCGGAAAAUGAACAGAAUGGAGCCAGUGUUGAAUACAGUGAAGGUGUUGCUGGAUUGUUAAAGGGUGAUGAAGGAUGCAACAGACCUGAUGUUCAGGAUCCAUGUGUUAAAUACAAUAAUAUGUUAAAUUAUCAGCACAAUCAUCCUGAAGAGACUAUGUGUGAAGCAAGUACAAUACAGGAUGAUCCAGAGGAUAAAGAAGGCGAGUUGAAGGCUAGGUCACAUCAAGGUAAAAGGCGAUAUUCCCGGAUAGCAAGCAGUAGUGACUCAAAUCAAAGUACUACUGAGCCUGCGAUAACUAAAGGGACACAAUUCUGUACAGGCAGUGAAGUGAAAAAUCAAAAUGAUUCAGAAAAGCCUGAAACUGUUGGUACCACUGCCACUACUGCAGGUGGAACAGACAGCUGCAAUGUUGAAAAUAGUCCUGACAAAGGUUCUAGAUCUAACAGUGGUACUAAUAGUGACUCGGAUCAUCAAUCUGACUCAAGCUGUGAGUCUGUCAGUACAUCUGCCACCAAUGGGGACAGUUAUUCUGAUAGCAAGAGUGAUUCUGGCCAUCAACUAGACAAUAUUAAAUCCUCACGUGCUAGACAUCAAAUUGAAAAACAAGAAAGUGUCAAAAAGAAAAGGUUUGAAGCAUUUUUAGAAGCUAGACGAAAACUAACCUCUGCUAAAAGAAAUUGAAACAUUAAACCUUGAGUAAACCUGAUGUCUAAAGGCGAGUUGGAUCACCAAAUAUAGUUACAUGAGUUGAAUAGUAACAAGAUUGAACUCACUUGGGAAGCUUGUAAUGCCUUUUUAGAUGACUAUAACUCAACUUCCAGUUUCGCUUUUAUUGGAUUGGAGCUACCAGCCACUGCCUGCUCAUGUGUUACCAUUUAGAAGCAUGGCAGUGAUUGGAUGGUCUUAUCUGCAUUAAUUUGAUUACAAAAAAUGGCCGAUGACUGAACUGAACUCAACUGAAAUUGAUCUUUAAGCUUUAUUCCAAUAUUACUUUAUAUAUGUAAAGUGAACAUACAUGUACCUAUACAUCAACUGAAAGACAUUACAUGACACCAUAGCUUACAGGUAGCAUACAUUUGUAGUAUAUUGUAAAUCCAGGUGAUUUCAAUUAUUGUUUGUGUUGUUAUUUUGUUAUAAUUUUUUAAUUUUUUUGUCAUGUUUAAGGUGGGGGCAACAUUUGGCCCCCACAUAGAUUUCUAUCAUUUUUUUCUCCAUAUGAAGAUACAUGAAAAUAACCUACAACUGCAUAAAUGAUUAGUCAUUAUAACUACUUAAAGUCAUACUGGACCUCCUUGUAUAACACCAUGAUGAGUCAUUAUAAUUACUUAUAGUCAUACUGGACCUCGUUGUAUAAUACCAGGUUGAGUGACAAAGGUACCCUAACAUAAUGACAAAUACUUGCUACAUGAGAAAUUUAAAUGAAAAUAUUUAUAUACCAGCUUAAAGUACAUAAAAUGUCUGCUAUUUUGAUACCACAUGUUAUAUUGACUUAAAAAAUGUAAGCAUAUUGAUAACUUUGCUUUUAAAAAAAUGCAAAAUUUUCA